GUUAACAAGGAAACGUGUUCAGAGUCUGAACUUCAGACUCACUCGCUCCGCCAUGGCGGCUCUAACAUCUGCCCAACAUGUCUUCAUGUUCCUGUGGAUUAUGGGCUCUGUGGCUGCAGGAGCUUUAGAGGCAAAGCCUGGAGAAGACGUCACUCUUCAGUGUAACAGUCACACAGAUGCUGCUGUCGAAAAGUUGGUGUGGAGCAGACCUGGGCUGAAGGAUGGUAACGUCUUCUUCUUCAGAGAUAACCUGUUGAAUGAAAACUACCAGGAUCCACGUUAUCAUGGUCGUGUUGAACUGAAAGAUCCACAGAUGAAGAACGGAGACGCUUCUGUUGUCCUGAAGAACGUCGACUACGAUGACUCUGGAACAUACCAGUGUGAGGUUAGAACCUCCUCCGAUAGCCGAAGGAAGAGAAAAGUGCCGGUGCAGUCCAUCCAUCUGAUCGUCAGUAAAGAUCCAGGAGAGGUGAGGGCAAAGCCUGGAGAAGACGUCACUCUUCAGUGCAACAGUCCCACAGAUGCUGACAUCACAAAGAUAAAGUGGGAAAGACCUGACCUGAAGGGUCAUGCUGUCUUCUUCGUCAGAGAAAACAGGCCGUAUGAAAAAUACCAGGAUCCACGUUAUCACGGUCGUGUUGAGCUGAAAGAUCCAGAGAUGAAGAACGGAGACGUUUCUGUUGUCCUGAAGAACGUCACCGUCAACGACACGGGAACGUACCAGUGUUGGGUUACAAUUCCCACCAUGCCAAAAGAACUGUUGCGCUCCGUCCAUCUGAUCGUCUCUGAAGCUUCCAGUCCAUUCCCUUGGUGGGCAGUUGCUUUGUUACUGGGUUGUCGUGUUGUUGUUGGUGGUGUUGCUCUUAGACCUUUUGUUUUUCUAAAACCUAAAAGUGUUCCUUUGUAGAGUUCAGAUGAGUGUGUUGCUGAAGAAGUGAGUAAAGCACUCAUCAAUCACGCACCUCUAACACCCGACUGUCCUCCAUCAACUGCUUCUGAACAAAUAACAACUCCAAAGAGACCGUUCUGAGUAUUUAGGGUUUAUAUAUUGGACUCAGGAAAAAGUACUUAAAAUACAUGUUACCAUAGUAACUGCACUUAAAACACAUUUUGUUUAUUAAAAGUACUGCUACUAUCAAUACAUUGUAUUUAAGUUGAAGUAC